AUGCCCAUGAAAAAUACCACGCAUGCUGCAAUUCUAGUAAGCGAGAACGAAGGUGGAUCUCGAGAAUUAGUUAACAAUUCCAGUGCCAAUAACGAUAAUAAUCUACGAGUAGUAGUCGAUGGAACCUCUACGACAACAGCAACAGCAACAUCAUCACCUUUAUUAAAUGCCAUUGGCUCGAAUUCUUCUUCGCCAUUAUUACCACCCGUGGUGCCGCCAUCACCAAAUUCAAAAUUAUCCAGAAAUAGGCAUAUACCAGCAAUUGAUACUUCUUUAGGUCGUCAUCAUAACGAGGAUGAUUCACAUCAAUUUAAUCAAAAAAAUUCUCGUCGACGGCUCUCUUCUAUGAAUAAUAUUAACAAUAAUCAUGAACAAUCACUCGCUUCAGCAUCAUUUAGUCGUCGUUCUUCAUCAAUUAUAAGUAACGAUGAUAACAAUAACAAUAGCGGUAGUUUAGGACCAAGAAAAUCCUUAUCAUUACCAUAUCCCAAAAACAAUCCAAAAGAGCGGUCAAAUACUUUAUCAAAUGUUAAAGAAUCGAAAUCGCUCAAUCGAUCAAAAUCACUACGUGAAGGAAUUUACUCACGAGAUUCCAACAAUCAUAAUUUGACUGCUAUGCGUAAAACUGAAUCCGAAAAUGGUGUUCAGUCUGUCUCGUCAAAACAAUCAUUACAUCAUUCACGUGCACAUUCUUAUACUCCAGAUCAAUCCCCAACGAUAGGCACACCGGAGCCUCCAUUACGUCCUUUGUCUUCUUCCUCUUCUGGAUCAUUAGAGCGUCGACUAUCAAUGUUGACCCAGUCAUAUUCAGACAAUUCGCUAAGUCUCUCGAUAACCGACGAUAAUCAUUCGGAUUGGGAUGACUUUUUGUACGGUUAUGCUCGAGGAAAAUUUGAUCCAUUAUCAAUCCCGAGAAAACCGAGACGAUCUAGUUCCAAAAAAAGCUAUACAAAAGUCACUACAUUUGGUGAUGAUUGGGAUGUUGAGUAUAUCGAAGCUUGGAGAAGAGAUGGCGCAAGAGACACAUUAAAUGCACCCGGGACACCUAAUAAUGGAAUAGAUAUAGCAACAAAUUACACAGGAAAUACUUCUUCGUCUAGCGUUGUGAAUAUUGCUCAUCAACACGAAUUGAGUUUAACUGCAACCGAAGAUUCUGCAUCUAUAAAUCUAGAAACGCAUAUUGAAACGGAUGGAGAUUAUGAUGAAAAUAAUUACGAAUAUGGAUAUGAUGGUAGUGUAUAUAAUAAUGACGAUGAUGAGUUUGAAGAGGAGGAUGAGAAUGAAGAUGGUGAAUUUGAAGUACAUCUACAUGAUGUUGAUGAAGCUGAAGGUGACGAUGAGUUUGAACCAGAAUAUUUGCCACCUCCUUUACCCCCAAACGAAAGUGAACGUAGACGUGCUUUAUGGCGAUUUCAGAUCUUGAACACUUCACAGGAUGUGAAUUUUUCACGUAUUGUCCGUCUAGUGAAACAGCACUUCAAAGUUCCGAUUUCCCUGAUAUCCUUGGUAAAUACAACACAUCAAUGGUUCAAAGCAGAGGAGGGUCUCGGCUGUAAUUCCACCACUCGAGAAGUUUCUUUUUGUGGCCACGCGAUCCUUCAAGAAACUGCCGAACCAUUCGUUGUUCCGGACGCAUUGAUCGAUUGGCGAUUCAAAAAAAAUCCCUUAGUAACUGGUCCUCCGUAUAUUCGAUUUUACGCCGGGGCUCCGUUACGUACAAAAGAUGGACAUAACCUCGGUACUAUCUGUUUGAUUGAUAAUAAUCGUCGUGAAGAUUUUAGUGCCGAUGAUCGUAAAGUUCUCAAGGAUUUUGCUAAAGUUGUGGUGCGCGAAUUGGAAUUAUGGGCGGAUCGAUUAAGACUGAGAGUGAGAAAUAAAAUGCAAACGUCGAUUGCAGAGUUUAGUAAUUUCUGUUUGGAAGGCAUGAAAUCACAAUUAGUAAACAAAGAAACUGGUGGAAUAUCACGAAAACGGGAAAGUGUGUGGUCAAAAAGUCCGGAGAAAGAACCACCUGAAAAUGGAGACCAAGUGAUGCAAAAAUGUUUUGAUAUGGCAGUGAAACUUAUGCGUGAUACGUUAGAGGUGGAUGCUCUUUAUCUACUGGAAAUGCCAUCACUUUCAUCAAAGCCAAUCACGUCGACAGGUCGGCCUUCAACUUCAGAUUUCUCCUCAUUCUUUUUAAAUAGUCCUCCACCUGAACCUGGAAUCAAACAUCUUAAAUUCUUGGCAUCCGUCGGAAUUGAAUUGUCAACUGAUCUUCUGUCUACUCCGACGACGACGUCAUUUUUGAUACACUUGAUGGAAACUCACGAACAAGGAUACAUUUUUCAAAAUGCUUUGCCUCCAUUGCCUGCUCUCUUCCCAUUGCAAAUGCAGUCGGGUAUUGUUGUGCCAAUUUACGAUAAUUCUCAGAAUGCAUUCGGAUUCUUGAUUGCAUUGACCACCGAUACAUCUCGACAAUUCGAAGACGAGGAACGCGUGUACAUGGGAAAUUUUGGAGUAAAUGUUGUUAGUGAAGUGUUGAAACGUCGAGUUAUUGUCGCUGAUCGAGCUAAAGGGGUUUUCAUUUCAUCAAUGUCUCAUGAAUUGAGAACUCCGUUACAUGGAAUAUUGGCAAGUUGCGAAUUAUUGGAAGAUUCAAAGAUGACUGAUGCCCAAAAAGAAUUAUUGAAAACUAUUCAAGGAUGUGGGACAAGUUUGAUUAGUAUCCUGAAUUCAGUAUUGGAUUUCGCAAAAUUGGAAAGUGAACAAAACGGAUUAGAUGGUUAUCAGCAUUCGAUUUAUAGUAAUAAUAAUCGUCGUAAUAAAACUGGAGGACGACAUCAUCACACAAGUAGUUUAUCAACUAUUGCAUCUUCCGAUGAAUAUUCGUCUUCGUCAUCGAAUAUGAAAUCUGGUGACGAUGGUAUAAAUGAUGUAAUUAGCAAUAGUGAUGGUGCUCAGAAUCAUGACAAUAAUUCGAGGACUGCGUCAUCGUCAGGGAGAAAACGCCAUCGUAUACUGCAAAAAGUUGAUUUAGUCACUAUAGCCGAAGAAGUAUCCGAAUCAUGUUCAAUUGGACAAGAGAUGUUGUCGGCUGUCUAUGGAGCAUCAUCCAACACUGAAACAUUGGAAAACUACACGGAUUCGACAGCUACACAAUUACGAAAACGUGUUUGUGAUCUUUUGCAUCCGUAUCAAUAUGCACAGAAAUCUGCACGUAGUGUUGGCGAUAAAAAUGAUCCAGUAGCAGAACAGCGACAUGUUGAAUUGAUGCUUGAUAUUGAACCAAGAUCGGAAGGCUGGUGUGUAAUGGCUGAUGAUGGAAGCGUUAGGCAAAUUCUGAUGAAUAUUAUUGGAAAUUCAUUGAAAUUCACAACAAGAGGAUAUGUGCAUAUUUCUUUAACCACAGUCCCAACAUCCGAAGCAAUCCCAAAUCGAAUAUCUGUUCUAUUUACAAUAACCGAUACAGGAAAAGGAAUGUCACCACAUUUUCUCACUACGCAUUUAUUCCAACCGUUUUCGCAAGAAGAUUCAUUGCAAGCUGGCACCGGACUGGGGCUCUCGAUUGUGAAAUUACUGGUUGAGAAAAUGGGCGGGAGAUUAGAUGUCGAAUCUGCAUUGGGCGCGGGAACUCGUGUUCGCAUUUGGUUGGAUUUCGAUUUGCCGCCAUCAAAUGGUAAUGACGGUGAUGCAGAAAUUGACGAUUAUCUUCGUGACGGUAAUAAUAGCGACGAAGAAUCAAAAAUGGUGGAUGACAAUGAUGAACACGAAUCGUCAGAAAUGGAAAAAAAGAGAAUACUUCAAGAGUUCUCCCAGAUGCAACUAUGUAUAUACGGUGUUCGUGGGAAACUACAUGAGGUCGUCGAAAAGUAUUUUCGAAAUUGGCAUGGAAUGAAACGAAUUGUAUUUGAGGAGCAAGCGGAUCGAAUGCGCGGUGAUCUCUUAGUGAUUAAUGAGGAUUUAGAUGCCUUGAAAACUGUUUGGUUCUUGGAGCAUCAUAAACAACAGCAAGAUAAUAAGAGACUUUCAUUAUCAAAUUUAGUUUCUCCAUUAUUGAAUAUUGCAGUGUCGUCGUCCACUACCAUAAAGAAUGCUCAACAAGAAGAAAAUGAAGACUGGGAUUACUCGCCGAUAAUUCUAGUCACGUCGAUAGCAAAAUAUGCUAAAGCAGCUGAUUUUGUUGACCUUUUGCAGCAACAAGCGAACGUUAGUAAUUAUCACCAUCACCUUCAGCAUCAACAAAACGUUAAUCUCCAUAACACGUCUGGACUCACAUCAAUGUUGAAACCAAGACGAACACGUAAAAUCGUUGUGUUAUCUGCACCGAUUGGACCACGAAAAAUGAAAAGAACAAUUUUGGCGUGUUUUCGGAAUAAAAAUAUUCCAUCAUCACCUUCUCUGCCUCCAUCACCAGAACUUGGUAAAAAGAUUGACAAUAAUGAAUUAAAAGUUCCAGAAUUUAAUUCCCUGAAUCAACUCCUUGGUGUCGAAGAUACGCAACAAGUUAAUUCUCCUCUUUUGUCACCUGAUCACAGCAACGGUAUCCAAAUAUCGGCAAAAUCUCUUCCUAGAGUGGUUGUAAUGACCCCGCCUAAUGUUUCAAGUUCGAAGGAUUUUUCUCUCUCAUCUUCUUUAUCGUCAAGUUCAAACAGUUCUUAUGAACAUUCAGACGAGAAUUCAGACGAAAAUUUAAUAUUCAUGCCAUCACCAUUAAUAACAUCUCCAAAUGCUCCAUCACAGAAUGAAAAAGACCCAUUCUUCACAAAUAUUUCGGAUGAUAAUCUGACGACCACGGAACCUGUAUCUGAUUUCAAAGUUGAUUCAUCUCAAUCACCGUCGUCCUCUUCACGUGCCACUACCUAUCCACUUCUUUCAAUUCCUCUUCCUUCACCAGUAACCUUUCCAUUCACCACAGAUACAACCACACAACUUGCGUCUUCACUCAACUCGAGAAAAUUCACCAACGCAACAUUUACUACUUCAUUCGAUCGAUCUUAUUCAUUACCAGCCUCACCAGUACCAGAAAUCCAUCAACAGUCGUUGAUGAUUGCUCCUACAAUCGUGGGUCCAAAAGGUCCUCGAGUAUUGGUAGUAGAGGAUAAUGCAAUUAAUCGAAUGAUUUUAGUCACUUUCUUGAAAAAACGUGGCGUUGGUUAUGAAGAGGCUGAGAAUGGCGCGAUUGGAGUCGAAAAGUUUCGACGUAACUUGGAGUUUGAUGAAGAGCAAAUGAAACAUGAGUAUGAUGAAAGGAACUGUGAGAGGCGUAGAUUUGAUGUAGUAUUAAUGGAUAUUCAAAUGCCGGUGAUGGAUGGCAAUAAAGCAACUGCUGAAAUCCGUAAAUUAGAAAAAGAAUACGCCGCCGAAAAGCGUAACAUACAGAACCAAGAAUCCGACAAUGAACAUCUUCAACCACAUCCUUCCGAUGGUGGUAACAACGGUAGCUUUAAACUUGGUAGAGAUCUGCCGAAUAGUUUAUCAACCUCUCCAUUAAUUUCACUAUUAUCGCCAUUACUAAACACAGCUGCGAAUAGAAAUCUGGGAUCGUCUUCAUCAGCAUCUGAUACCUCAAUAAUUGACAUAAAUUUAGAAACGUCAUUCUGUGAUUCUCAAUCAACUACAACCAACAACUUUGCAACAAAACCUCAAUCACUUUUCACAACUUCAUCGUCGUCAUUAUUACAAAAUCGUGCACUGAUAUUCGCACUAACUGGAUUGGCUAGUGAAGAAGAUAAAGAUUUGGCAUUUGAAAGUGGAGUUGAUGGAUUUUUAACGAAACCAAUUAGUCUGAAAGUCUUGGAUCGUGUAUUAAAACGAUGGUUUGAACGAGCAGCAUCGGAUCGUAAAGUUGAUGGGCUAGAAGAAAAUGGCUUAAUAAAUAAUAAAUCCUCUAACUCAAUAUCAAACCCACUUCCGCAAUCAUCAUCAACCUCCGAUGCUGGACUCUGUAAUAUGGUCGGGUGA